AUGGAAAAUUACAAUCAAACAUCAACUGAUUUCAUCUUGUUGGGAUUGUCCCCACCACCAAAAAUUGGCCAUUUCAUCUUCAUUCUCAUUAAUUUCGUUUUCCUAAUGGCUCUAAUUGGAAACCUAUCCAUGAUUCUUCUCAUCUUCUUGGACACCCAUCUCCACACACCCAUGUAUUUCCUACUUAGUCAGCUCUCCCUCAUUGACCUAAAUUACAUCUCCACCAUUGUUCCUAAGAUGGUUUAUGAUUUUCUGUAUGGAAACAAGUCUAUCUCCUUCAUUGGAUGUGGGAUUCAGAGUUUCUUCUUCCUGACUUUAGCAGGUGCAGAAGCACUGCUCCUGACAUCAAUGGCCUAUGAUCGUUAUGUGGCUAUUUGCUUUCCUCUCCACUAUCCCAUCUGUAUGAGAAAAAGAGUGUGUGUGCUGAUGAUAACAGGAUCUUGGAUGAUGGGCUCCAUCAACUCUUGUGCUCACACGGUAUAUGCACUCCGUAUCCCAUAUUGCAAGUCCAGAGCCAUCAAUCAUUUUUUCUGUGAUGUUCCAGCUAUGUUGACCCUAGCCUGCACGGAUACCUGGGUCUAUGAGUGCACGGUGUUUUUGAGUACCACCAUUUUUCUUGUGUUUCCCUUCAUUUGUAUUGCGUGUUCCUAUGGCCGGGUUCUCCUUGCUGUCAACCGCAUGCACUCUGCAAAAGGGAGGAAGAAAGCCUAUUCAACCUGUAGCACCCACCUCACUGUAGUAACUUUCUACUAUGCACCCUUUUCUUAUACCUAUCUAUGUCCAAGAUCCCUGCGAUCUCCGACAAAGGACAAGAUUUUGGCUGUCUUCUACACCAUCCUCACCCCAAUGCUCAACCCCAUCAUCUACAGCCUGAGAAACAAGGAGGUGAUGGCGGCCCUGACACGAGUGAUUCAGAAAAUCUUUUCGGUGAAAAUGUAG